AGGGAGGAAUGGGGACUCAUCUGUUUUAAGGUUCACAGAGUAUAUUUUCACACCGAGGCUAAAUAGAAGAAGUCAGGCUGGGGGAAGCACGAGAGGAACAAAUAACCUGGAUUUGCACUCAUGUCUCUGUCACCGUCCGAUGAGGGAUAUAAGGAAAACAGAUAAGGAAAUGGAAAUGUAUUACACAAGGCUGCCAGGACGACAGGAGAAAUUCAUACUCCUCAUCGUCUGUCUUCAUCUGUGGCACAGACCUAUGGCUGAAGCGAUUCAUCCGGACUGCGCCAUCAUCGCUCAGCACCUGAGGGCUCGGGAGAUUUGUAGCCAGACGAGGAGGAGCGAAGCGCGAAACCAGACCGACCACAGAGGAUGUAAAACAGAAUGGGAUGAGAUCGGGUGCUGGCUAAGAGCUGAAGUCGGGCAGGUGGUCAACGUAUCCUGCUCUGAAGUCUUUCAACAUUUUUCCAGCAAUCAAGGAUAUGUUUACAGGAACUGCACUGUUGACGGCUGGUCGGAAAUGUAUCCACCCUACGAGGAGGCCUGCGUUUUCAGUGAUGACAGCGAGUCUGAAUCGGAGACGAGUUACCUCUCUACGUUCAGACAGGUCUACACUGUGGGCUACGCCACGUCGCUCAUCUCCCUCAUUACAGCCAUAGUGGUGUUCACAGCCUUCAGAAAGUUCCGCUGCACCAGAAACUACAUCCACAUCAACCUGUUCUCCUCCUUCGUCCUGAGAGCCAGUGCUGUUUUUAUUAAAGACACAGUGCUGUUUGCUGAUGAGACGCUGGACCACUGCUCCAUGUCCACAACAGCGUGCAAGUCAGCCGUGGCUUUCUUCCAGUUCAGCAUCCUAGCCAAUUACUUCUGGUUGCUGGUGGAGGGCAUGUACCUGCAGACCCUGCUCGCCCUGACCUUUGUCUCUCAGAGGAAAUACUUCUGGUGGUACAUCCUGAUUGGAUGGGGGCUCCCAUCAACCGUUCUCAUACUUUGGGUGUUGACCAGAUUCUUCUAUGACAACAGAGGUUGCUGGGAUGACACAGAGAAUGUUGGUAUUUGGUGGAUUAUUAAAGGACCGAUAACAGCCUCACUGCUGGUCAACAUAGUGAUCUUCAUCAAUGUGAUCCGAAUUCUGGUUCAAAAGCUGAAAUCAUCAGCCAUGGCUGGGAACAGUGACACUGGACAUUUCAUGAGGCUGGCUAAAUCCACCCUGUUCCUCAUCCCUCUGUUCGGGAUGCACUACACUGUAUUUGCCUUUCUGCCUGAGAACACUGGGGUAGCAGCCAGGCUCUACAUCGAGCUGGGAUUGGGGUCCUUUCAGGGGUUUGUGGUGGCACUGCUUUACUGUUUCAUGAAUGGAGAGGUUCAAACAGAGCUGCGGAGAUGGCUGUGGAGGUGUCACAAUCAAAAUCAUCUCACACCAGCUAAGAGAAGUAUCACUCAGAUCACAAUCCGAUCCAGGGGGAUUGGACGGCCACCUUCUAGUGGCAACAUCUCUUCAGUAUGAUUAAAUAAAUAAAGACUAUCCAUGAGAAAAAAAGCUGAUGAUGACAUUAAUCUAGCAAUCCAUCUGUGAGACCACAAGACUAUAAUGAACACUACAGAGUGGCUGAAGAAAUGUCAAGAUGCAUUUAGCUGUUACUAUAAAAAUGGUACAGCACACAUUUCUAAUCUGAAUGAGUAUGUUCUCUCUUUCAUAUCAUCAUUUCAUCGCAAAAAAAAAAAAAAAAAAAGAAAUCCAAAAAAUAAAGGAACACUGGUACUUGAUUUGUAAGGAUGAUGACACUAUGGAAAGCCAAGACCACAGUGGAAACAGAGCUGGCCCCGAGCUGGAAAGGAGGACAAUUUUACAGACUGUUUACAGUUUGGACUACAUAGGUACAAAAAUGAACAAAUGUUGAGGGAUUAUAGAGAGACAGCUGUGGAAAUAAUCUGUGUUUGAGCUCAGCUAAAUCAUGUGAAAGGAGAUUGACUUGUCUGAUUGUAACAGGAGCAGUAAGUUUAUUUCUGUGAAGACUGAAAAUAUGUGCAGGACUGAUUUUUACCGAAUGUGCUAAUUAAGUUUUGUGCAGCAUCUGCUGCUAGAGAGAAAUGUUCAAACAGGAAUAUCUAGAGGAGCCCGAGAUAGUGUAUUUAAGAUUGUGUGUGUGUAGAUGUGUGUGAAGCUGCCAUUUACUGGUGCAUUGUGUCUUAAAAGAAAAGUGUCUUACUUUGAGGAGUUGUCUGCUUUGAUGAGCCAUCUUUGAAAAACAGUAUAUGUGAAUAUUUUUGAGCUUGUUUUUCUUUUUAUCUGUCAGUUUUUUGUAUGCUGUUGCCCGAUGUGAUAAAUGUAAUUUUUUUUUGUGUGUGUAUUUGUUGCACUGAAGGUGAUAACAAACUGAACAGAAACAAGGUGCCAGUGAUUUACAGGUUAAAAUGGCAUCAAAAUGGUACUGUGUAACUAGAGAGAGCAUCUCAGCCAACACCGUGACAGCAUCUUAAGAUAUAUAACAUGUUUAUGUCAGUGUUUGAUGUGGUUUUAAAGUUCACUAUGUAAGACACGUUUGUGUUGCCCACAUUUGAUGACAGUCCAUUUGUAGCAAAGAAACCCAAACAAUAAUUAUCUUAUAAUUCAAGUUCUAUGAAAAACAAAACAAUUUCAACUGGGAGGUUUAUACGAAAGCUUUCAUAUUGGCACUUAAAGGUGACAAUAGGUUUCUCUAUUUAAUGCUAAGGUAGUUAGCUGCUAGCUGUAGCUUCAUAUUUAUCGUACCAUAAACACUUGAGAGUAGUAUUAACCUUCACAUCUAACGCUCAGCAAGAAAGUAAAUAAGCAUACUUCCCAAAAUGUUUUCCUGUAAUGACAAUUCAACAAAAAUGAAAUGCCCUUGUAAGGUGUCUUCAUGUGUAAUUAGGGUGUGCUUCAAACAGUAUGAUGUGGUGUAAAGUACUGUGAAAGUAAAUGCUUUCAGUUUUGGCUUUAGUGAUGGGAUCACCAGACAGUACCUCUUAGUUUUUUCUUUUUUCUUUUUUUAGGGAUGCAUUGGAUGAGUAUCAUGACAAGUAUCAUGGCAGAUACUGACCUUCAUCAAGUGGACUGACAAUAUAAUGUGAUGAUCCACCUAGUUUUAUAGUUGUCAGUUCAUUUGCAUCAUUGAUAUGUAACGCUACUGCCCUCCAUGUUGGCUAUCAGAAUCUAAGUUAGAUUGGUACAUCCCCAGAAUUUUUUUUAAUAGACCAUGAACAAUGCACUGUACUGUAACAUUAAGCACUUUGACUGUCAUUGUCAGUACACAUAUGAUUUAAUGUUGUAGUUUAUUUUACAUACUGUAUUUUCACUGUGGUUGAUCUAGUGUGGGCUGGUAUCCUGUAUCUAGGGAAAAGCAGAAUAAUAAAUGAGGCGUUUGUGGUUUGAUAAAUGUUAACUGCUAUGUUUUUGUGUUUGGCUUUUGAAUUUCAUCCACAUAUUGUAAACUCGGAUUUCAGAGGGUGAAUGGAGUGAAACUUAAAGUAAAUGUUCAAGUUAUUGAUUUGGAUUUUUGAAUGCAAAAACAAAACAAAACAAAAACUAGAGCAGCAACGUGCACUGAUGUUAGCUGAUGUCAUAGUUUACAGUGAAACUCUUCAUCUAGUAUUCAACAUUUGACUGUCCGUAAAUGCUGAAAAUGUUCCCCCAAAG